AGUCUUCAGUGAGCAGCGAGUUUCAUAUAUCAACGUGGCCAGAGUUACAGCGGGAUAAUGGUAGAGUGGUUCUUUUUGACCAAACCGUGGGAUAGUCAUCUGCAAGUGGCCGACUCAAUUACACUCCUCUCGGGUCCCCCUUCCUGGUAAAAUGCUCGUCCGUGAAGUCAAUGGGAAGACCUCAUUGCUAUUUCAGUUCGCGAUCAAUUCAGUAUCACGGUGCCGCUCUGGCAAUUCUAAAGUGGUUUUCAUAUGUAGCCGGCGAAGGCUGGAAACCAAGCCCCCUUAUCUUUCCCAGGGCAUUGAUCCAGAUUCGGAAAUAUUUCAGCGAAUAAAAAUGAAAUAUAUUGACGACGAUGAUGAUGAGGGAAUCAAGAAGUACUUUGCUGCAUUUCACCUCAACGACACGUCUCCAGUUGCUGUUAUCGUCGAUGAUUUCGGAGAUUUCUUUGACGAAAGGAGCUGUCAAGAGAGACACGGUAAUCCUCGUGGACGAGACUUGGCCUUGGUUAGGACUCUAGCUUUGUGUCACAAUGCCAUAAUCCAUGCAAACAAGAAAGGGCCUUGCAAGCUUGUAUUAUCCGAUACACACCAUGGGGACUCUCCAAGGUCUCUGUUUAUCUACAAGAGGUGGAUUCCCUCUAUUUUUACGAUCAAAGGUGAUGGUUCGGGAUCGUUUCAUUUGAAGUAUAACAACUAUUGGGAAACGGUAGCACUAAGAGCACAAGAAUAGCAAAGUACUCGAUAGCGUUCCAGUAUUUGUUUCUGGAGGGGAUUACCGAGGAAGGUGAAGAGCAGUGAAUUACUGAACUUCGACUCUUU